CAUGGAACCUGCUUUCCUUGUUUUAGCUCAGCCCCUGCAACUGACAGUCUUCCUGGCUUCAAGUCACCCAAGGGAGGAGGAAGAAGUCCAAUGGGUGGUGCUUUAGAACCUGGAUGAUCCAAGUCUGGUCUACAUUCAAUGGCUGAGCACAGAUUUCUGAAAUGUGACACAAGUACAUGUAUUAUCAGGUUCUGCUGUGAUGAUCAGGAAACACAGACACUGUCUUGUUGGAUGAGCAGGCACCUCUGGAAGAAUCAGCUGAGUGAGAUGGUGCAGCCCAGUGGUGGCACAGCAGAGGACCAGGACAUGCUGGGUGAAGAAUCUUCUCUGGGGAAGCCUGCAAUGCUACAUUUGCCUUCAGACCAGGGUACUCCUGAGACCCUCCAGCGCUGUCUGGAAGAGAAUCAAGAGCUAAGAGAUGCUAUCCGGCAGAGCAAUCAGAUGCUGAGGGAACGCUGUGAGGAGCUGCUGCAUUUCCAGGUCAGCCAGCGGGAGGAGAAGGAGUUCCUUAUGUGCAAAUUCCAGGAAGCCAAGAAGCUGGUGGAGAGACUGAGCUUGGAGAAGCUUGAUCUUCGGAGGCAGAGGGAACAGGCCUUAAAGGAUUUGGAGCACCUGAAGAAAUGCCAACAGCAGAUGGCUGAGGAUAAGGCCUCUGUGAAAGCUCAGGUGACAUCAUUGCUGGGGGAACUCCAGGAGAGCCAGAGUCGUUUGGAGGCUGCCACCAAGGAACGGCAAACUUUAGAGGGAAGGAUUCGAGCAGUUACUGAGCAGGUCAGACAGCUGGAGAGUGAACGAGAGGUGCUGCAGCAGCAGCACAGUGUUCAGGUGGACCAGCUGCGUAUGCAGAACCAGAGUGUGGAGGCUGCCUUGCGAAUGGAGCGACAGGCUGCUUCAGAGGAGAAGCGGAAGCUGGCUCAGUUGCAGGCAGCCUAUCACCAGCUCUUCCAAGACUAUGACAGCCACAUUAAGAGCAGCAAGGGCAUGCAGCUGGAAGAUCUGAGGCAACAGCUCCAGCAAGCUGAGGAGGCCCUGGUAGCCAAACAGGAACUGAUUGAUAAGCUGAAAGAGGAGGCUGAGCAGCACAAGAUUGUGAUGGAGACUGUGCCAGUCUUGAAGGCCCAGGCGGAUAUCUACAAGGCUGACUUCCAAGCUGAGAGGCAUGCCCGGGAGAAGCUGGUGGAGAAGAAAGAGCUUUUGCAGGAGCAGUUGGAACAGCUGCAGCGCGAGUUCAACAAGCUGAAAGUUGGCUGCCAUGAGUCAGCCAGGAUUGAGGAUAUGAGGAAGCGGCAUGUAGAGACUUCCCAGCCCCCUUUACUCCCUGCUCCAGCUCACCACUCCUUCCAUUUGGCUUUAUCCAACCAACGGAGGAGCCCUCCUGAGGAACCACCUGACUUCUGUUGUCCCAAGUGCCAGUAUCAGGCUCCUGAUAUGGACACUCUACAGAUACAUGUCAUGGAAUGCAUAGAGUAGGAACAGCAAAUGCAAGGCCACCUGUAAUACCAUGUCCCAAUCUGUGCAACUUGUGCUUUCCUGUUUCACCUGCAUAGUCCACAGUUAAGGGCUUGAUGUCAAAGAGUGGGCCCCAGGACCUAGCUGGACCCUUGCUUUAGCCCUUUGGUCCCCCAUUAGGGUAGACAGCCCCAUUCAGGGCUAUUUUUUCCCUUUUUAUUCUGUGUACCUGAUCUACUUUGCCUCUGGUGGCUUCUUCUUCUUUCUUCUCUCAUUUUCCUAGGGAGUCUAGAAUGGAGGCCAGGGGCUCCCAGGGCGCAUCCUUUCUCCAAGCAGGGCUGGGUGCAGGUUUUCCUCUCUCCAGCUGGUGCUUUUCUUGCUGAUGAGCUGCAGGCUCUCCUCCCAGGACAUGUGGCACUUGGGUCUAUAACAUGUGUUACCUCUGGUAGACAUGUGGAAAGUAUUCUGUCCUUUUGUUACUAUAAGUAAUGGUGCAGUGAAAGUACUUGUGCACUGAUCUGUGUGUACCUUUAGGACAGAUGCUUAUAUGUGACAUUGGAUCCUUGCCAUGGAGGAGGUAGGCAGACCUUUGGAUUUCUGCCAUCGGCUAGACAUGCUGUUCUUUACUAAAGAGUUUAAGUGUCUUUUUCUGGGGUAUGUAGGCCCUUUUUAAUUCCUCUGAUGUAAUUUGGAUUUUCAUAAUUCCUACCCAUUUUUCUGUUGGGUCAUUGCAAUUGUUCUUGGGCUUUGGAGAGCUCUUUGAUUAUCGGAUUAGUUUUGACUAUCACAGAAAGUGCACACCUUGAUCCAUUUUGAUUGUGUUACUGUUUUGGGGUCUAGAAGCUGUUAUAUACUUCUGCUUACCCAUUCUUUACUCCUAUUUUUUUGGCUUUGAAAUUAUGGCUGCUUUGUCAACAGAAAGAUCAUUUCACAUAUAUGCAUUUCUUUUUCUAGACCCAGUGUGCUUUUGUUUUUGCCAGGCACAUUGUUGCCUUCUGUGAAUGGUGGUGGCCAUAGUUCAUCACACUCCAGGAGUUUGUGAUUGAAUGUUCUCCACUAGCCAAAAUGUCCUAGGGAACCAUUUAGCAGUGACUGAAAGAUUAUAGAAAAGGGAACACUUUACUUGUUUUGCAAGGUUCUAGACAUUUUCUGGGACCUUACAGUCAUUAGUAUUAGCCUUUCAGUUCUAGUAAAGGAAAGGAAGUUGCACUUGAGAAAGCAAAUAUGCUUUGCUCAUUCCUCAGGUCUAAAAUCCUUCCUGCCCUUCUGUAAGCUUUCAUGGUUCAGAGUGGGAUCUGUGAAUUCAUCCCUGGGCUUUUAUUCACAUGGCUUCUUUCCCAUUAAGAGUGAGAAGACUAAGGAGAAUUCAGACUUUUAAAAAGUAUUUAAAAAGUAAUCCUGAGCUGGGAGCUUCCUCAGAAUUUUCAGGGGAUGUGGAACAAGUUUUCCAUUUCCUAAUUCCCAGGUAUCUAUCAGACGGAUCUUUGGAAAAAUGUUAAAGGAACAAACAAGUUCUUUGCUUAUGUGUUUUUAUUUAAAUACCUAACCUAUAUAAUUUUUCCUUUAGGAAUACUAUUGGUUUAGCUUGAGUCCAGUUUUGUGGUGGUAUAUAUGACUUCCUAUAGCUGCUUUAAAAUUUCUCCUAGACUUGAAAGAGCAACAGUAACAAAAAAUCACUCUUUCCUGUCUGGAAGCCAAAUGUUAAGUUUUUUCUAGAGGCUCUGAGAAUCAAUUCCAGGUAUCCUCUUAACUUUCAGUGGUUUCUGGCAGUCCUUGGUGUUGAUUGGCUUGUAGAUCUAUCACUCCAGUCCCCAGUUCUAGGGCCUUGUUGUCUCUUCCUCUCUUGUCUCAUAAGGAAACCAAGUUGUGCAUGUGGGGUCUAUUUGGCUAGAUUAAGGAGGAUCUCCAGUUCAAGACCCUUUACCUCAUUCUACCUACCAAGACCCUUUUCCCAAAUAAAGUCAUGUUCUCACAUUCUGGGGAUUUGGGGUUACAUAACCCAAAGUAGGGACAUCAUCAGAACCUGAUUAAAUGCAGCGCAAUUCAAAUUGCAAUUUCCUUGCAAUUCUGCUAGAGAGACCUGGUCUCUCUGGUGAUAACCAGUAGGCUUCAGAGUUUGGAGGCAGUCAGACCCUUAUCAGUGCUCUGUUAGCAGUGUCAGUGGGAAUGAUUGGGAGAGGCAGGUUGGCUAUAGUAGGAGAGAGCUGUUGGGCUGCCUGCAGUGGCUGCAUGAGCUUCAUGCUUCUUAGAUAAACAGAGAUGCAUAGGUGCAUCUCUGACUAGUACUUUAUCCUGAAAGGGGCUCAGAAAGCAGGUGUGACCCAGGUUACACAGUAGGAUCAUCUGGAAGCUUGAAAACAUUCUGGCUUGGGCUUCAUGGACUGGUCAAGACAAAUCUGAGGGUGACUCCAGGCAAUGGUUGGGACCCAGUACCCUUCUAGAAGGUGGGAGCCCUUGCUACCUACUUACCUGCAGUAUGGUAUAUGAUUAACCAUAUUUUGAAAUUCUACCAUCUUGACAUGGGACAUGCUCUUUUCUUUUCUAGAAUUACUUAUGCUAAAACUGUGGAAAAAGUGGUUGUCCUACCCCCCUCGGAAUUAGUCUACUUGCUUUUAUAUAAAUUUUAUGUGGCCUCUGGCAGCCAACUUCUAGAUUCAUAUAGCUAGAAGCAUAUCCUUUCCAGAAGACCUGUUACUGUUACUUAUGUAUGCUCUCUUCCUGUUGGCCCAUGCCCAAGAAAAAACCAGAGAGCCAGUAAGACAGUACAGAGUAUUUCACCUACUGUUGUAAUAAAUGGUAAGGCAGAUUGUAAGUAGGGAUGGUGUCAAAAUAGGGACAAUUUCAACCCUAUGUGUGAUACCCUCAGGCAAGGUGAGGCCUACCUAUCAGUGUUUCUCCUUUCAAGGUAGGAGUUUGGUGAGAUGGAACAAGCACUUUGGAAACAUCCUCAGCCCUCUUUACCUGACAACAGCUUGGUCCUCACAGUGACUGCUUCAUUGGAGUAGCUGUGGCACCAUCAUCUGUUACCACCAAAGGCUGUGAUGAAAUAAGAUGAAACAUAUCCAAUGGCACAGGCCUGCAUGGCUAGCGUCUUGAAUAUUUUAUUACAUGAACAUUCUCUGUAGAAUGGUAUAAAACGGCCAGAGGAUUAAGUUAUGUAUAAAACAUGAAAUAAAGAGGUAAGACCUGCAA